AUGGGUGAAGUGUCCUCAAAAGUUACACCAAAAUAUGGGAAUUUGAGUGAAGAGGAAGUGAAUAAAAUAAAAAAUAAGCUUCGUUUAAUCAAUAAAGAAAUAAAUGAUAAAAUAAAUCUUGCAGAUUUUAUAUAUGUAUUUCCAAAUAUAUUAAGACCGUAUAUAUAUUUAGUAUUAACAUCUUUUCAUGAAUUGCAUAAACAAAAUGACGAAACAAGGAAAGACCAAUCGAAUAACUAUGAAUUUAAUUACGCUUUAAGCCUAUUAUUUAAUAAAAAUAGUAAGAAAAAUAAUAACGAAACUUGUUUACAAAAUAUAAUUAAUAUAUUGUCAUAUAUUCGAGAUUCGAAUAGCCAUGAUAUUAUAAAAAUAUUAUUUACUAGUUUUUUAAAAACUGAUAACCAAAGAACCACAUUAAUACCUACCAUUUCUGAUAUUUCCAAUGAUAAAAUUAAUAAUAGUGUAAAGGAUAAAAGCGCCACCGAAGUAAAUAAGGAAAAUGGAGACAUCAAUAUAUCAAUAAAGGGUAUUAACAAAUGUAGUGAAAUAAAUGAAAAGGUUGAUGAUGGAUUUGAAAAAAGAAUUGAUUCAAUAGAAAAUGAUUUGUCUGAAUCAAAUGCAAAUAUGAUUGAUAAAACGAACACAAACGAAAAAAACCAUAAAAAUAUGCAAAACAGUGUACUAUUACAUGAUAUAAAUGCAUUAAAAAAUUAUUACCCAGAAAAAUAUACACUACAAAAUUUAAUAUCUGUCGAAGAAGCUUUUCAUCAUUUAUUUACAUAUAUGUAUAUUGAGCAAUUAUAUUUAUUAUCUUCUAAUAACAUAUUAAAUCUUAACAAUUGUAAUAAAAAUAUAAAUAACUUAGAAGAUAAAGAUUCCGUAAAUGAUUUGAAACAAAAUGAAUCAGACAAACAUUCCUUACCACAAAAAAAUAAUAAUAAAGAUGUAAACCUUCAUUUUGUAAAUGAUUCGUUGAAGGAAUCAUAUAUAAAAUUAAAUUUUAAAAAUAUAAUUAUGGGCUUCAGAUUAUAUGUAAAUGGUGUUUGUAAUAAUAAUAAUGAUGAUUCAAUUUUUUCAUUGGCAGUAAAAUAUAUUAAUUCGACAUUUGCAUAUAUGAGUAAUAAUUAUUCUACGGCUACAUUUAAGCAUUUUAUGAAUAGUAACGAUAUUUCACCUAGUGAAUCUUGGGAAAGCAACGAAACAAAUUCGAAUAAUUUGAUAGAUUUAGAUAGUAGUAUAAAACUUGAAGGUGAUUUAAAAAAUUUUGAUGAAGCAUGUAUUAAAAGUAUGGAAUUAAUACACUAUCUAUAUAAAAAUAAGGGAAAAAAUGGAAGUAGCAAACAGAGGGGAAAUAGCGAAAAUGAAAUUAAUAAAAGCGAUAAAUAUGAAGCAUCAUCAUCAAUGCUUCAAACCCGAAAUAUAACAAAAGGAUUAAAAGGUGUACUUUUAAAUAGCAAUAGUAGAAUAUUAACAGAUGAAAUAGUAUUUGCAUUAAGGCAAUGUUCAUCAUGUUUUAUAAAUAAUGAAUGGUAUAAAUUGUAUUCCUCAUGGAAAGAAGGGACAAGUUUUAAUAGAUUUAUAACUUCAUUUUUUUAUUACCCUGCACCUAUAAUUAUUGUAUUAAAAACAAAAGAUAAUCAAAUACUUGGAGGAGUGUGCACUACGCCAUUAAAAGAUUCACAUAUUUUUUAUGGCUCAUCAAAUGAUUUUUUGUUUUCAGCUUCCCCAGUUUUUAGAAUAAUAAGAUCGAGUAAUUUGGGUUCAAAUUAUAUUUAUUUAAAUAGCAAAAAUAGCUUUUACCCUAAAGGUUUAGGUUUCGGAGGCAGAACAGAAUGCUUUCGACUUUUUUUAAGUGACGAAUUUAAUAAUUCAUAUUGUACCGAAUCGGAUUAUACUUAUGAGCGUGGUCAUUUAUAUUUCCCACAUUACCAUAAAAAAAUUGAAAAAGAGGAUAAUGUUGAUAAUAAAGAAAAGGAUGGGAAAUCUCCCACAAAAAGUAUUAACAAUAAUACAGAUAGUUAUUAUAGUGAUGAUUUAAUAGAUGAAGAUUGUAGUGAAUCAUCAUUUUUAUACAAACUUUCUAUUAGCGAAGUUGAAGUUUGGGGAUGUGGUGAUAAAAAUUCAUUAGAGGAACAACUACAAAUGCAAAGAGCUGAAGAAGCUUCGAAACAAGAAAGAAGAAUGGUUGAUAAAACAAAAAUUGUUCAAAAUAGUUUUGAUAAAGAAUUUUUAUUUCCUAAAGUUUUUGCUGGAGGGAAAUAUGAAAAGCUUUCUAAUGAUACGUAG